AUGACGCACAUGCCAAUUCGACAACAACUAACAGUUAAAGGAGAGCAACAAAUCUCUGGUACUACAUACCUGCAAAAUUUACAAAUGUAUAUCAUACCACCAUCUGGAUACAUUAAAUUAGAGGAAUUACAGCAAUGGUGUGUCAAUAGAUUAAGAGUUCUGAAGCUAGUAGAACAGAUAUCACUGCAAAAUUAUAAAAAGUCCUCCAAACAUUGUGUAACUAUCCUGAUUAAACAAUUGGAAGAUAAUAGUCUUUAUGAUUUUGUACAACUUAUAAGUAUACAUAGUUGUAAGUCCGAGAGAAAAAAGGAACAGCAUUUAACAAGAAAUGACUGUAUAUCGCACUUUGUAUUAAGAUCUGCAUUUUCUUUUGAAUAUGAGAAACGUCAAUGGUUUUUCAAACAAGAAGUAAAGUUAUUCAAAUGGCGAUUGUCUCUAUUGGAUAAAGAUGAAAUCAAAGGAUUUAUUAAUGUUAAUGCAUUUCAGUACACUGCUAUAUCUGAAGAAGAAAAACAAAAACUUAAAAAUGAUUUAGCAAUAUCCUACUGUGGAAUCGAAAGUAUUGAUGGUGUCAAAUUUUACAAAACAUAUUUUACCAAUGUAAUAAAUCCAGUUAAAAAACGAGAAAUAUUUUUAAAAAAUGGUAUUGCUUAUGUACCUGAAAUGAAAAUGUCUUGGUUAAUUGUUUCGGAAUUUAAAAAAGUAUUAAAUGAAAGUUUUACAUAUUCGCGAGAAAUUGUAUCAAAUGCUUAUGGCGAUGAAAGGAUGACAAAAAUUUUCAGUAUACUUCCAAACUGUAUUAGUACUCAAUGUUUCAAUUAUGAUAAUGAUAGAAUAGUAUCUAUUCGUGAACUGGACGAGCUAUCAGAAACAUCUUAUCCAUUAUGUAUGAGACUCCUUCAUGAAGCAUUGAAAACAAAUCAUCACCUCACUAAUGGUGGUAGAGUUCAAUAUUGCCUAUUUCUUAAAGGAAUAGGGCUUCCUGUAAAUGAUGCAUUACAAUUUUGGAAAAGUGAAUUUACUAAAAAAAUUAAUGAAAGAACAUUCGAAAAAGAAUAUAGGUACAGUUUAAGGCAUCUUUAUGGGGAAGAAGGAAAACGGGCAGACUAUGAACCUUUUCCCUGUUUCAAAAUAUUAAACUCUACAGUUGGUUUAAGAGACAAUCAUGGUUGUCCAUAUAAAUGUAUGGACUUACAUGUACUUAAAAAUGCACUGUCAAAAUGUGGAUUAGUUCAACCAGACGUACUAUCGAUAGUACAACUUUCAAAAGAAGGUCGUUAUCUUGAAGCAUGUAGAAGAUAUUAUGAGGUUACUCACAACUGUAUUAUAGAGACGGGUUUUGAUCAUCCGAACGUAUAUUUCACGCAUAGUCGUAAAAGAUUUGAAACUGUGUGUUCAGAUACAGAAGAGUAA